UAAUUACCGCUAAACUUCCAACUACCAUUGCUUGAAAUCUAACUGCCCUACUAAUAAUAGUGUCGGUUAGAAUUUGUUCUUGACCCUGCGUCUACUGCUAUAAAUAGUACUCUAUGCUACUAACUUUUUCACAAUCAGAAUACAAAGAGAGAAGUAGAUAUGGAGAUUCCCCUAAUAGAUUUUAAUGAACUCAAUGGUGAGAACAGGAGCAAAACCAUGGCACUUCUGCACCAGGCUUGUGAGCAAUGGGGCUUCUUUCAGGUUGACAAUCAUGGAAUUGACAAAGAGUUGAUGGAGAAGGUGAAGCAAUUGGUGAACUCACACUAUGAGCUCAAUUUGAAGGAAUGCUUCUAUAAUUCAGACAUACCUAGGAGACUGCGGAAGAGAGAAAAUACAUCUGAUAUGGACUGGGAAAGCAGCUUUUUUGUUCGGCAUCGCCCAACGUCCAAUGUUAACGAAAUCAAUGACCUGCCAGAGGACUUCGGCAAAACAAUGGAUGACUACAUCAAUCAACUGAUUAAGCUAGCAGAGAAGCUGGCUGAGCUCAUGAGUGAAAAUCUGGGUUUGGAAACAGAUUACAUAAAGGAAGCAUUCAAGGGCAACACAGGUCCUUCCGUGGGAACAAAAGUCGCAAAGUACCCGGAAUGCCCCCAGCCAGAGCUUGUGAGGGGACUACGAGAGCAUACAGACGCUGGUGGGAUCAUACUGUUGCUCCAGGAUGACCAAGUCCCUGGCCUGGAAUUCUUAAAAGAUGGGAAAUGGGUAGAGAUCCCUCCAUCUGCAAAUAACACUUUUUUUGUAAACACAGGUGACCAAGUGGAAGUUUUGACCAAUGGAAGGUACAAAAGUGCUUUGCACCGUGUGAUGGUUGACAAGAUAGGAAGCAGACUCUCCAUUGCUACUUUCUACAAUCCUGCUAGCGAAGCAAUUAUCUCUCCCGCCCCCAAACUCUUGUAUCCCAGUCACUUCCGUUUUCAAGAUUACCUGAAGCUUUAUGCAACCACAAAGUUUUCAGACAAGGUCCCCAGAUUUGAAUCCAUGAAGAUGGCCAAUGGUCAUCAUGCUAUCUAAAUCACAAUAAGUUUAGUGCACUACUCACUAAACGCGUUCCAAUAGCUCUGUACUUUUCCCCCACUCCAUAAAAACAUGUUGUCUUCCACAAUCAGGUGAAAUAACAGGAAAGAGGAAGUUAUUUCUUUUUCACAUCAAUAAAAUAUUAUAAAUGAUAUGUCUUUCAACUA